UCCGAUUCCAACGCACUUGCGAUGUCUUGAGAUGGCCAAUGCACCUGCGAUGUCUCCCACGCUUAUCCCCCGAUCGUGCUAGCGAUGGCCGUGCUAUACGCGCUGCUCUCACCUCUUCCCUCCUCCACCGCCAUCCAUUUAUUGUAGCAUCUCCAUCCAUACGACAUCAAUCAUUGUUGCACAUUUAUCGAAGCUACUGUAUCUAUCGCAAUCCAUUUGCUCUGAUCACUAAGAUCCAGAGGUCGCCAGCAAUGUCCAAGGCCCGUGUCUACGCCGAUAUCAACGUGCUCCGUCAAAAGGAUUACUGGGACUACGAAUCUUUCAUCGUGCAGUGGGGGGAUCAGGAUGAUUAUGAGGUUGUUAGGAAAGUUGGAAGAGGAAAAUAUAGCGAGGUCUUUGAAGGCAUUAAUGUUUCCAAUGAUGAGCGCUGCGUCAUUAAAAUCCUUAAACCUGUCAAGAAAAAGAAGAUAAAGAGGGAGAUUAAAAUACUUCAAAAUCUUUGUGGUGGUCCCAAUAUUGUAAAGCUUCUUGAUAUUGUCAGAGACCAGCAUUCUAAAACUCCUAGCUUGAUAUUUGAAUAUGUGAACAGCACAGAUUUCAAAAUCUUGUAUCCGACACUGACUGAUUAUGACAUACGCUACUAUAUUUAUGAGCUGCUUAAGGCAUUAGAUUACUGCCACUCACAAGGAAUCAUGCACCGAGAUGUUAAGCCUCACAAUGUUAUGAUAGAUCAUGAGCUUCGAAAAUUGCGCUUGAUAGACUGGGGUCUUGCUGAAUUCUAUCACCCCGGAAAGGAGUACAAUGUUCGUGUUGCUUCGAGAUAUUUUAAGGGACCUGAACUCCUUGUUGAUUUGCAAGAUUACGACUACUCGCUGGACUUGUGGAGCCUUGGUUGCAUGUUUGCUUCAAUGAUAUUUCACAAGGAUCCAUUUUUCUAUGGACAUGACAAUCAUGACCAGCUUGUCAAAAUUGCUAAGGUUCUUGGAACAGAUGAAUUAAAUGCUUAUUUGAACAAAUAUAAAUUGGAACUUGAUCCUCAACUAGAAGCUAUGGUUGGAAGACACAGCAGGAAGCCAUGGUCAAAGUUUAUAAAUUCUGAGAACGAGCAUCUUGUUUCUCCUGAGGCCAUAGAUUUUCUUGACAAGCUUCUUCGAUAUGAUCAUCAGGAUAGGCUAACGGCACGAGAAGCAAUGGCACACCCCUAUUUCCUUCAGGUAAGAGCUGCUGAGAAUUGUAGGAUGCGCAACUAAUAAUGGAGUUGGGAGUUGAGUCAAUAAGUUUCUUUAUACCACCUUAUUAUAUUUGUGGUUCUAUCGAGUCUGUUCAUUUCAUAUUUAUUUGUAGUUUGGGCAUACCUAAUUUGGAAAACAUUGUAUUCUAAUUGAGAUCUUACUUUGCUUUAAUUGGGUCUCUCUCAUUCUAUGUUGUGCUUCA